AUGUUAGAAGCAAGACAUUUCACAGUAUAUACUGACCACAAGCCAAUCAGUUUCGCAUUUCAUGCAAGGAAAUCCAACUGUUCGCCUAGGCAGUAUAGGCACUUAGAUUAUAUAGCCCAGUUUACAACAGAUAUCAGACAUAUUUCCGGUAAGGACAACGUUGUUGCCGAUACACUUUCGCGCGUAGAGGCAUUAGAGGCCCCUAUUGACUUAGAAGCAUUAGCUAAAAGCCAAGCUUCUGACCCUGAGCUUGAAAAGCUCAUAAAAGAAGGCUCGUCACUACGCCUAGAAAAACUUACUGUACCCGGGAGUCGAACCCCAUUGUACUGCGACGUCAGUACACCGACUGCCCGGCCGUUUGUAACCAAGUUUUUCCGAAAACAAGUUUUUAACACUUUACAUUCGCUCAGUCAUCCAGGCGUUAACGCAACCGCCAAGUUAGUAGCAGAACGUUUCGUGUGGCCGAAAGUUAAAAAAAGACUGUCGAGAAUGGUCAAAAACGUGUUUACCAUGCCAACGUUCGAAAAUAUAUCGGCAUGUUAG